UCACUGUUUGGUGUACUCUCCCAGCUGGAUGUUGUUGAGCCUCUCGAGAGCCAAAGUCAGCCCGUGUAUGCCGGCAUCGCCAUCGCCCUGGGCCUGCACACACACACACACACACACACACACACACACAAACAGAGAGAAAGCUGAUGCCUCUCUCUGUUUCUGUGCCUUGGUUGGUGUGCGCACCUUGAGGGCGACAUAGAGCUGCUGCGCCAGUGCGAGGCCUGGGAGCGCCAGGCCCAUCUUGUUGGCCUCCUCGAGCGCAAUACGCAUGUCCUAACAACCACACACACACACACACACACACACAACAUAGAUAGACCAAUGGUGGGCGGGGGGUGUUUGUGUGCAGACAGACGCGCGUGGCAGCACCGUAAUUGAUUACCUUGAUAAAAUGUUCGACAAAGAAGCCGGGCUUGAAGUCUCGCUUGAGGAUUCGGGGGCCGUAGUUGGUCACACUCCUGCAGCACCACCGACACACAUACACACACACGGACGGAGGGAGGGAAGAAGCGAAUUAGGGCCAUGGUGGCUGCGUGAUGUGAUGUGGUGUGCCGCAGUCACCAGCUGCCCGCCGCCCCUCCACUGACAGCUUUCAAUGUCGCCUCCACGUCAAGACCUGCCUUGUAGGCGUACAACAGACCUGCACCAACCAGCACAUACACACACACACACACAUACAGAGGGAUCUGUGGUUCGUUUUGACGGCGUGUUGGUCCACCUUCGGUGACACCGAUGAUGUUGGUCGAGAUGAGAAUCUGGUUGGUCAUCUUGGUGUGCUGACCUACACCCAACUACCCCUUCACACACGAGCACCCUCUCUCUUCCCUCCUGCUGUGUGGAUGUGUACCUAGCCCCGGCGGCCCCAUAUAGUGGAUGGUGUCUUCCCGCCCCAUGCAGCACAGCAACGGCCUGACCGCGUCAAAGGCAGCCUUGUCACCGCCACAAAAGAUCGCCAGGCGGGCCUCACGCGCACCGACGUCACCCCCCGACACGGGCGCGUCCACCGCAGCGCAGUUUUGCCGUGCCGCUUUCUCGGCCAGCUCUUGAGCGAGCGACGGCUUGCCUAUGUCACCGACACAACGCACACGUGCGUGUGCGUUUCUUCCCUCUUUAUUGCUCUCUCACUGGUGGUCAUAUCGACGACGAUCCCUUCCGGUUUGAGGCCAGCCAGCACACCAUCAGUGCCGGCUAUCACUGCACACACAAGGAGCCGCGCCUAUGGUAGAAGUGUCCUGGUUUCUGUGUCAGUCGUCAUACCUUGCUGCACGUCUUCAGGGAAGCCGACGAUUGUGAAGACGACAUCGCUGGACUCGGCAACCUUACGUGGGGAAUCGGCAAGGACGGCACCUGGGCAGGCAGGCCAGCACAGGCCACCAAUACAGGAAGAGCGUGUGAAUGCAGACAUUCAUCAGAUCAGUCACUGACAGGUGGUGUGGGUACUGACCUUUCUCGACCAGUGCUGCGCACUUGGAUGGUGUCCGGCUGUAGACUGUCAUCGAGUAGCCCUGAACACACCCACACAUGCGCUGCUCGUGUGAUGGAUGUUGUGUCAAGCCUUCAUUCACUCAUUACCGCCUUGAUGAGAUGCGAGCACAUGGACUGCCCCAU